AACCACAGCGCUCUGCAGGGGGCGCUGCUGGGCUCCUUUAGGAUCUGCAGGGUCUUCUGGAGUCUGAUCCCUGACCCCUGUUGUGAUGUCAUGCAUCCUGUGACCAAUCACAGAAGACUGUGGAGGCUGGACCAGCCAGGUUCUGGUUCAGGUUCUGACGUGCUUUAAUCGUCUCCAGAUGACUGCAGGCAGCCAAUCAGAGAGCAGCGGCGGCGGUGAUGUCGUGGGUGGCACAGCGCUACAGUGACAUCAGCCCGGUGACUCUGCAGGUGGUGGGCGGAGCCAUGAGCUCCAGCCUGUACUGCCAGCAGGUGGAGGGUCUGUCGCAGGUGGAGUCCUUCCUGGUGGAGCUCUACCGCUGCAAGGUGUGUCAGUUCACCUGCGGCAUGAAGGCGGGCAUCGGCAGCCACCUUCUGCUGCGCCACCACCCCCCCGCCCUCGCCUGCUUGACCGGACCCGACGGACAGCGGGUGAGCCAGGAGGGGGCGGAGCCAGAGUCGCCCUACCGGCUGAGUCUGGAUGGAGAGUCCAAGCAGAGCGACGAAGACGAGGACUUCCUGCUCUACGACAUGCUGGGCGGCAUGAGCCCGCCCACCUGUGACAUCAGCACAGAGGAGGGGCUUCAGGUGGCACACACCUGCGAGGUCAGCACUCUGUUUGAGGAGUCCUCCAUGUUCCCCCUGAAGGGGGCGCCGGUGGAGCUGUCCUGUCCCGCCACGCCUCCCUCCACCCAGGAGCAGACGGACCAGUCUGCCCAGUCCGCCCACCUCAUGACCCUGGGACUCUGUCGGAUCUCCUCCGUCAGGCCUCCUCCCGCCGACGGCCGAGAGGCUCCGCCCUCCGGCCGGCUGCCGUGUCCCCUCUGUCCCCUGACGCUCCCGUCAGAACGGCUGCUGGACGUCCACGUCCGGUCGCACCGAGCCGCCGGCGGCUUCGGCUGCAGCCGCUGCGGCCGGACGGCCGACAGCUGGGAGGCGCUGGAGCCGCACUGCAGGAGGCGCUGCAGGAGAGGAAGGAGGAGGAAGAGGAGGAGCGGCAGGACGGGUGGAGGAUCUUCGGCUGAUUGGCCUUCAGACAGGUGGAGGGCCCGGCUGACCGCACCACAAGACCCAAAGAGGGCGGAGCUUCCUGACAGCAGACCUUCUCCUAUUGGUCGACCUCUGAAUCUCCCCGGGCCAACAGCCAAUCAGAAAGCAGCAUGUGAUCCGAGCAGCUCUGUUCCCAGUCUGACCAGUUUGUCCCAGUCUGGUUCGUCCCAGGUUGACUCACCAAUCAGGAACCAGGAGCAGGCGGGCCUCACCUGCUCUCUGUGCCACAGGAAGUUCUCCUCUAAGCUGACUCUGAGACGUCACCUGGGCGUCCACGGAGCCGAGAAACCCUUCACCUGUCCUCACUGUCCCUACAGCAGCAGGCUGAAGGCCUCGCUGAGGCAACACCUGAGGACUCACACAGGUGAGAAGCCGUUCAGGUGUGCUGAGUGUCCGUACGCCUCCAUCGACCGCAGCUCCCUGCUCAGACACAGCAGGACUCACAGCCAGGUGAAGCCGUACCGCUGCCAGCUCUGUAGCUACAGCAGCAUCCAGAAGAAGAGCCUGGACCUCCACGCUCGCCGCCAUCACACAGGUGAGGUGUUUCCAUGCCAACAGUGCGAGUACUCCAGCCCGGACCGCCAGCUGCUGCUGAAACACACGCGAAGACGCCACGCCCCCUCCCUGCUCCCUGCAAUCUGAUUGGACCGAUACCUCCCCAGGUGCUGCUCGCAUGUUUACCUGCAGGAAUUAUUGGACAUGAAAAAAAGUUCUUUUAUCAAGCCAAGAUUUGUAACUUCUGAAAACACCUGGGACACCUGGAACACACCUGGAAAACACCUGGGACACCUGGAACAUACCUGGAACACACCUGGAACAUACCUGGGACACACCUGGAAAACGCCUGGAACACACCUGGAACACACCUGGGAGACCUGGGGAGGUUUGCAUCAGAGUUCCAGGUGAGCAGGAAGAGGACCUGCCCACCUGGGCAUCGGAGCAGAAGAGUUGAGAAACGGCAGCAUUAGCUACAGAGGACCCUGAUGACAUCAUCAUGGUCACAUGACCCCCGGGCAGCACUGCACCAGGUCAACGUGAGCCUCACCUGUCAGCAGCUGGCGUGUGUCUCAGCACACCUGGACGUGGAGACAAAGGUUUGGGUCGCUGUGUCUUUCAGGAUGCGCCCUGUAGGGGGAGCUAGAGCUCCGUUAGCCGCCUGGCUAACACUUUAUGUGACAGGCUGCAUUAGACUGACCAACACCAUCAUGUCAGUCUAAUGCAGCC